AUGUGUUUCACCAGCUCGGACAAAACGAACGAGCCGUUGCCCAAGCCUGCGCAAAUCCCUCAACAGCCACACACCAGUAGCUUGCCGCCAUCGAAAGCGAAGAUGCCCUCGUCAGACUACGCGCCGCCUCCCGGGCCCCCGCCAGCCAAGUUAGCAGCCGAUGACUAUGCUCCUCCCCCGGGCCCACCUCCAUCCAAGGGCUGCGACGACUUCGCGCCGCCGCCUGGUCCUCCUCCUGCGCAGUCAUCCAAACCUCACGAUUGGGAAGUCGCCGUACCAGAUACCGCGCUCCUCCCACCUCCACCUGCCUUUUUCUCGGGCUAUGAGCGCUCCCCGACCAACAAUGCGACCGAGGAAGAGGCUAACGCCGGUGAGGGCUGGUGCGCGCAGUAUCCGCUCUAUGAACCCAUGACCCUUGCACCUCAAGCAAUAAAUGCCAUCGCGGGCGGAAAUAUCACGCUCUACAAGCCCGACACCUUCAACGGCGAAUUAAGGCUCUUGCAAACCGGCGUGUACCAGGCCAAGAGUAAGAGCGGAACGCGCGAUACCUGCCUUUCAACCCAACUCCCUCUCUACAAUGUAGCGGUCCACAGCCCACUCACCACGGGCCGCAAGAAGACAAUCUACUUCGAGGUCAACCUCCUUCCGGACAGCAGACAAGAAAUCAGCCUUGCCCUCGGCUUCACCGCCCCGCCAUACCCGACCUUCCGGCUCCCGGGCUGGCACCGGGGCAGUGUGGGUGUGCACGGUGAUGACGGACACAAGUAUGUCAACGACCUAUGGGGCGGGAAAGCAUUCACGCAGCCCUUCCAGCGCAAGACGACGGUGGGGUUGGGGAUGGAUUUCGCACCCGGGACAGGCGGCGGGAUCAGUGUCGAUGUGUUUUUUACACAGAAUGGGAAUGAGACGGGGCGGUGGAAUUUGCAUGAGGAGUCGGAUCGGGAGCAGGACCGCCCGGUUACCGGGUUGGAGGGGUUUCAUGAUUUGUGUGCGGUGGUCGGUGUUUUUGAUAAGGUUGCUUUUGAGGUCGUGUUUAGACCGGACUUGUGGGUUUGGAAGGGGUAUCAGGGUUAA